AUGUCGGUGGUGACGCGUUUGCAAGUGCACGAGCGUUGGCUCGCACCCGUGCUUGGGUUCUUCGUUGGUGCCUCCUGGACCGCAAAUUUCAUUGUACGUACACUACUUGAAACGCAAGAGCCCGGCUUGAGAACGUUCCGGCACCUGACACCGCGCUCCCUCCACCUCUGUAGCUUGCUUCAGACCGCCACUUCCGCGUGAGCGACGAACUGCGUCGCAAGAGAUACGAGGUCAACACCAAGCGCAUGAUUGCGGAGAGGACGCGUGCUUUCAAUCGCGAGCAGCAGGCUCGAUGGGAAGAACAGCAGGAACGAAUACUGCGAUUCGCGCAGAGCAGGUAA